CCCGAUUAUAACUUCACAUAUCCUCUCCAACACAUCAACUCAUUCUAUACGAAAAAUAGCAAAUAAUCACCCAUCAACCAUCCCCUCUCAUCCAAAUCUAAAAUGUCCACCACAACUACCACCACAACCACCACGACCCUGACAGGGGCACCCACAGGACCCCGCGUCCUCUCCGUCUCCAAAUCCCCCACACACAGCAUCUCCAAAACCCCCGUUCCCUCCAUAACUCUCCUCCCCAACCACGGCGUCAGCGGCGACUGCCAUGCGGGCAAAAUCACUCAACACACUACCUCCACUACGCCAUCUUCUACAGCCAGCAACCUCCGCCAAAUCCACCUCCUCCCCAUCGAAUCCCUCCGUCACAUCUCCUCUACCUCCUUCAAGGGAAAGCAGCCCCUCACCCCCGGUGGAGUCGGCGAGAAUGUGACGACCGAGGGCAUCGAGUUGGGGAAUCUACCUCCAGGUACGGAGAUACAUUUCGGGGAUCAGGAUGGUGGCAACGGGGCAGUGGUUAAAAUUACAGAGGUGAGAGAGCCUGGACCGGGACUGGAUAAAGUGAGGCCCGGAUUGAGGGACGCGUUUCGGGGUGUGAGGAGAGGCUGGUGGGGGGUUUUGGGGGUUGUUGUGAAAGGUGGGGAGGUGAGGGGAGGGAUGGGGGUUAAGGUUGUGGUGAAGUAAAACCAUUCCAGUUGGAGAUUUUUGGGUGAGUGGUAAUAGGGGGGACUUGAUUUGGUGAUGAUGGUGGUGGUGAUGGUGGUA